AUGCCCACGACGACCACGACCACCACAGACGAUCCGGAGGAGUCUGCCCUUGCACCGGAGGUCGCCAAGAAUGACAAGGACCCUUGCUCCUCUGACCAGGAGCUUCAUGGAGGGCUCUGCUACGCCAAGUGCGCCACCUUGACAGCAGGCUCCCAUCCCUGCCGAAGUUCGGCCUGGAGCUGCUGCGCAGUUGCCGCUGGCCCCAACUGUGGAGAGCAGGCUGGCUUGGAGAACUGUUGGGUGCACCCUGGAUUUUGCUUCGGCUAUGCCGUGUCCGGUCACGAUGAGGUGACCGAGCAGGGCACCAACUGCCCCACAGCCGUUGGCGACUGCCUCAACAACGAGGAGAUGUUCAUGGAGCAGUGCUAUAAGAAGUGCUCCAUCCUCACCCAGGGCACUCAUAAUUAUCGCACGGGCGCCGCCACCUGCUGCAGCAAGCAGUCGCACUUCGAGUGCUUGUGGCCCGGCAACCUCAAAACCGACCAAAUGUACAACAUUGGCGGCGGUGCUGGCGACCACAACUCGGGCACUCCUAAUGAGUCGCACCCGCCGAUGAAGUCUCUUGCGACGAGCCAGUAG